CAACAAUAUCGUGUCUUACUAUUUUUGCUACUGUAUAUACAAUGGACUGUGAUAAUAUUCUCCACUUUUAACAGAUAUCUACUGUAAAAUGGGUUAUAUGGAUAACUGAGUAAUUUAGGUUUUGAAGGACAUCGAUCAAACGGAAAUGGCAUACCCAAGGAGUUUGUACAUCUUAACUUUCAUGAGUUGUGUUUUUAUAAACUAUUAUGUCACUGGAUACAUGUUGUCGGAUGUCAAACGUUUACUGAAGGAUAAAACAUUGGACUACAACAAAAUGUUUCGACCCAUCCUGAAUCAGUCUGAAGCAAUUUAUAUCUACACUGGGCUUGAUUUGGUAUCAAUCCAAGAGUUCAAUGAAGUCGAGGAAAAGAUAUCUUACACAGGUCUGUUGUAUUUGGUUUGGAUGGAUGAGAUUUUCACUUGGAAUGCUUCUAACUAUGGUGAUCUGGAAGAUUUUUAUAUCGGUGUAAACGAAGUAUGGAUUCCGCAAAUGAUGAACACAAACGCUGUUGAAGAAAUAGAUAGGCUUUCUGAGGAGUGGCAUUCAGUACGAGCUCAAAGCAAUGGAACCAUGAUAUACAUUAUUGCUGAUAUUUUCACAUCAUCAUGUGCGUUUGACGUCACAUAUUAUCCCUGGGAUAAACAAGUAUGCAGUUUUUAUUUCAUGCCAUCGAGUUAUGAACCAAGCAAAAUUAAACUCAUGUCCUAUUCUGAGACGGUAUUGCAGUCGUAUUAUUUCCCAAGUGGGUCAUGGGACCUGGUAGACACAAAGGCGGAAGCAACCCCAGAUGGUUUUAUGGUCGCCUUUCACAUCACCAUCCGACGAAAACCAAAGUUCGUCAUUGUCAAUGUUAUAUUACCGCUGAUGUUCAUGUCCGUCUUAAACAUAUUUGUAUUUCUCAUUCCAACGGAGAGUGGAGAACGCAUAUCGUAUUGCUUGACCGUGUUGUUAGCGAUCGCUGUGUUUCUGACUCUUGUUGGGGAUUCAUUGCCGAAAAACGCCGAGCCAAUGUCGUACUACAGUUUCUACUUACUAUCUGUUCUUGUUAUUAGUGCUACAAUAACAGUUUUGACGAUACUAAACCUGCGGAUGUAUUACACAGAUGACGAAAAGGAAGUGGGCACUUUCUGGAAAAAUGUCGCAAAAAUAAUGGGAUGCAAUUUCCAAAGGUCAAAGAAAAACGCAAAUAGUGAUAAGUACAGACAACGACUUUACAACGGGAACAUUACUGGAGGUGGUAAUCCAAUAAUGAAGGAAAUCAACGGUGAGGCUAAGAUCCACAAUAGGAGUUACACUGGAGACUCCGGCAAUCGUCCAUAUAUUGUUCACAGUGCAGGUUAUGUAUUAUACAAUCCAGAACACAAUACGGACAAUGCUAAUGUUUUCAGGAUGCGCCAUGAGGAACAUCUGGAGAAUCCCGGGAUUGAACCCAAAACAACCUGGAAAAAUAUCAGUGUAGCAUUGGACACCUUGCUAUUCUUAUUAUUUUUGAUUGUAUUUGUUGUAGAUACAGUUGUAUUCCUGGCAAUUAUAUACAUGGGUGAAAACAAGUGA